AUGGCCAUGGAGUUCCGACGGGUUUCGACUUGUCUAGCGCUGCUGCUCGCUGUGUCGUUCACCAUCGCGACAGUGUCAGCGGAUCUCCCGAACUGGGUGAGCCCCGUUAACGCUUCGCAGUCCGGCUGCUACCGCAAGACGUACUUUUCAAGGAAGACCUGCGCCCAGGGCUAUGAGUCUGACGGCAUCGCAACAUGUUGGGCGCAGUGCCCACUGAACUACCCCGUGGAGUGCGGCAUGGAGUGCAUCCCGCAGAGUGCCGACUGCACCUCGCAGAUGCUCAAGAAGGUCUCGUCGGUCGGCACUGUGGCGCUCAACGCUGCGACCGCCGGCAUCUUCGGCGAGCUGGUCAAGGCCAGCAAGGCCAUCACGCUCGGUGUCAAGUGCUCACAGAAGCUGUACAGUGCCUCGAGCUCCCUCAAGGACUAUGCGGAUGAGCUGCAGGCCAACGGCACGGAACCCAAGCAGAUCUUGACCUUGGUGAACCAGUCCGACCUUGUCAUCAACCAGCUGCCUACUGCCGUUGCCACGUGCCUUGGACUCCCUGUGUCUGAAGACACGCUCAAGUUGAACGCUGAAGUUGCUGGUAUCGUGAACCAGAUCGUCAUGGAAGUCGUAGCCAACGGCGCGUCGCUGCUGCACCCCAAGAACUUCCUGGCGUUCAUGAGCGACCUCGGCGUCGACGACUCGGUCAAAGACAUGGAUGGAGAUAGCGUCGCUCAGCUCCAGGAUGUUUUGUCGUCCGGGGUGACUUGCGGUUCAAAGCUCCAGGUAAUUACCGACCAGGUGACGCAGUUCAUUGUCGCUGCUAAGCAGCAGGACCCCAGCGCUUCCGUCAGUGCAAUCCGUCAGGCUCUAAGUGUUUCGAAGCUGCUGGUCUCGGACAUCCCCGAUGUGACCAACAACUGCGUCCGCAACCUCACGGAAGACGCCUUCACCACGCGUGACAGUCUGCGCUCCAUUAUGAGCACGAUCACUGACGGUCUCGUCGACAAGUCUGCCGACGAGGACGGGAAGUCGACCUCGAUUGCCGACUACCUGGCGUCGGUGGCUAAGAUGGGUCUUGACGUCAUCGGCAUCCUUGACCCGACCGGCAUCGCCGACAUGCUGUCCACGUUCAUCCAGCCUAUCUGCGGACCGACUGCAUUUAUGGGAGAAAUCGAUGACGGUUUGCUUGAAGACGCACUGGCGCUCACCACGGAAGGCGACGCGUUCAAGGGGAGCCACGGCAGCUGGAAGAGGGUUGGUGACGGCGCGGUGAACAUUACGUUCAAGAGUGUCGACACGGAAGACGUGACGGUCAAUAUUCACUCGGGCGGCGACACGGUGGCCAAGGUCAAGGUAAGGAGCGGCGAGACGGUGACCUGGAGCUCGACAGUCAAGGAGCUGCAAGACAAGACGUUAUACUUUGACCGUUGGCGUCCGGGCCGCUUCAAUAUCCCCACUUCGGCCGGCGGAUCGCUGGUGCUGUGGGUGCCGCACUCGUCAACCGGAGGAAACAUUCAGCUGUUCGUCAAGAUCAACGGCGACGACGAGGACAGCAGUGAAAGCAGCAGCAGCAGCAGUGGCAGCUACGACGACGCAGUUCAAGUCGGUGACAACGAAGGAGGAAGCGGCAGCGACAUCGAUGUGACACCGGCUCCUACGACUUCCGACAACGCAGACCAGGUGGAUCAAAGCUCAGUUGAGGGUAGCAAUGGUAGCGACGAGGUCGACGCUACUCCGGCACCGACGACUUCUGCCGGGGAAAGCGCGACGCCUGCGCCGACGAGAUCUGACACUGAUGCGAACAGCCCGGAGCAGUCUUACUCGGCCCCCACGCCGACCCCUGCCCUCUGCGAGAGCUAA